AACACUUUUACCAUGGACAAUAACUAGUUUCUAGCACUUGGCUGUGUUCAAACAGCUUUCAGCUAAAUAAUUGAGUUUCUUCAACUAUAGUUGAGCUUCAGCUGCUUUCUGUGUUGAAACUGUCAGCUUAGCGAAUGUAUGGCUACUAGCUGCUCCGGUCGUAACUGCCGCUCAUGUUAUUUUAUUUCCUAUACAAGACUGGUAAAACCAAGAGACAACUAUUUAUGUCAAUUUCCUCAGCUUCAAGUUCUUUCUUCAGGAACCACGCUGAACUGAAGCGACAGUUGAGUUUUUCCUCCAGUUUGUUCUACUUUUGAACUUCAGGAGGCGCUAUUGGGCUGAUGCUGACCAGGGCGGCCCAGUGGACCAGCUCCAGAACACCGGCUCUAGCACAGACAAUUUGGAGUCCACGCCACUGACCGGGUAUAAGAAAAUCCUGGACUUGUUGGGGAAUUUUGUUUCCAGGCACCCGCAGGAGGCAGAGCAUGUGUUUGAGGAGCCGCUUCAGUGGAACACCACGUUAGCGAAAUCUGAUUUCAAAGACUAUAUCAUCAGCUUCAACCAGCUCCCUAAACCGCUGCAUCUGGCAGAUGACGGGAAGCAUCAAGAGGUCCAAGCGUGUCUAGAAAGUAACUACAUGCUACCCUUUUACCCAGCGCAGUGGAGGAGGAAGUGGAGUUCUUGAAAGAGUACUGCACUGAAGGGGGGAAGAGGCUGCUGAAGUCAGUGAGAUACACAUCAGUAUUUUGUAGAACAGAAACCUCGUAAGAGUAUUCACGUUGCACACCUGGAUUAUGAAAUAGAACAAGCCCAACCCAAGACGCCUGAAGAACGAGAGUGGGAGAAAGUACAGCAAGCUCUGUACGGCAGGAGGAAACGUGAACCAUGUCAUAGAUGGAGGAAUCUCGGUGUGCUGAAUAUGUGUAGUGCCAGUGGAAUUGAAGGCCAGGAAGAGCUCUGCACAGAAGAAAAUUCUGGAACCCAAAACCUAGAUCAUGAUGAAGAGUGGCCUCUGCAUCAUCUUCUCCUGGACUCACAGCCUUCCUGAGAAGCCACUUGGCCCAGCUUCUCCAAAGAAAUCCCAAGAUAUUCCCAGGCCAGUCAAGAAACAAAGCCCCUCCAGCAUAUCAUGGACAUAAACACCUGAUCUCUGUGCUACUGAAUACAUCCAGACUGCAGAUCUCUCUCAGAUCUCUUUGUGCAGAGUGACUGCAGAAGACAAACUGACCCGGGAUCUGGUCCGCAGCCACCACGGCCUGCAGCCUCUGGUGUCACUGCUCUCUAAAGCAGAGAACAAGCAGCUCCUGGCUGCUGCCACCGGGGCCAUUUGGAAGUGUUCAAUCAACAUGGAGAACGUAGCUAUCUUCCAGGAGUACAAAGCUCUGCAGGCCCUGAUUGGUCUGCUGACUGAUCAGCCUGAACAGGUCCUGAUCAAUGUAGUGGGAGCUCUGGGACAAUUUGCUCAGAUACAAGCUAACAAGUCCGCCAUCUGCAACGGUGGGGGCAUAAGGGCUCUCAUUAACCUGCUCAAUGGAACAAACCAGGCUCUGCUUGUAAAUGUAGCAAAGACUGUGGGAGCUUGUGCCACAGAAAGGGACAACGUGGCAAUCAUUGACCAGCUUGACGGAGUCCGCUUGGUGUGGUCACUGCUAAAGAACCCCAAUGCAGAAGUUCAGGCUAGUGCUGCAUGGGCCAUUUGUCCGUGCAUCGAGAAUGCAAAGGACGCCGGGGAAAUGGUUCUCUUCCUGAUCGGAGGACUGAAGCUGAUCAUUCACUUACUGAAGUCACCAAGCAAUGAGGUGCUGACGAGCAUUUGCGCCGUCAUCGCCAAACUAGCCAAAGACAAGGAAAUCCUGGGUGUCCUCUCUGAUCGUGGGGUUGUCCCCCUGCUGGCCAAGCUGAGUAACACAAGUGAUGUCAGACUUCGCUGCCACCUGGCCGAGGCCAUCGGCCACUGCUGCAUGUGGGGCUCCAAUAGGGCAUGCUUUGGUGAACAUGGAGCCGUUGGCCCUCUGGUUCAGUACUUGGAGUCGAACGACAAUUUGCUCCUCCUUAACACAACCAUGGCCCUGUACCAACUGUCCAAAGAGCCCAACAACAUCAUCACCAUGCAUGAGGAAGGAGUUGUCGAGGAGAGACGCGGGGACAGUUUUCUUCCACGAACCUUUUGGAUUCGAGCGCAGCAGAGAAAUCUGCGGACCGAGCGGCCAAAGAUGAACACCGUUGUGUUUAACAAGCUGAGCAGUCAGGUCCUGUUUGAGGACAAGGCGAAGGAAGUGGAAAUGAGCAGCAGAAAUUACCUGGAGGUCAUCGACGGCCAACAUCCAGAUCUCCUCUGCAGCAGCCCGGCCAUCAGAGACAGCCAGGCGGCCAGACACAGGCGGAGCGGGGGUCGUCCCAGCGGCAGCAAAGUGCGACACAAGCGCCAGGCUCUGCAGGACAUGGCGCGGCCGCUCAAGCAGUGGCUCUACAAGCACAGAGACAACCCGUACCCGACCAAGACGGAGAAAAUCCUGCUGGCGCUCGGCUCGCAGAUGACUCUGGUCCAGGUGUCCAACUGGUUCGCCAACGCCAGGAGACGCCUGAAGAACACGGUGAGGCAGCCGGACCUGAGCUGGGCGCUGCGGAUCAAACUCUACAACAAAUACGUUCAGGGCAACGCCGAGAGGCUGAGCGUCAGCAGCGACGACAGCUGCUCCCAAGAUGGAGACAACCCUCAGAGGACACAGAGCGGUCCUGAGGAUCUCACCAAGCCCUUGUACCAGAGCGUCAUCAAGAAGGAGGGCUCCCCCAUGGUGGGCGUGGCCAUCGGCAUGGACCCAGGGCUGCGUUCUGCCGUGGAGGCCGAGGACUACGUGUCUCCACCCAAGUACAAGAGCAGCCUGCUGCACCGCUACCUGAACGACUCUCUGCGGCACGUCAUGGUGGCCAACGCUGUCAUGGACGCUCGCAAGAGGAACCACUCUGGCUCCUUCAGCUCCAACGAGUUCGAUGACGAGCUGCUGUCGCCAUCGUCCUCUGAAGCUGAGGCCCACUUCGUCUAUCGAGCCGAAGCCACAGACCAUGGAUCAAGUCAACAUGACAACUGUAACGCUCUGUGUUUUGUUCUCUCUGUGAACGGUGGCGUCGCAGCGACGCAGAAGGUGAAGGUGAAGGCCAAAGAUGAGACGUACUGGAAGGAGAUCAACGCCGCCAUGGCCUUGACCAACUUGGCUCAGGGGAAGGACAGCGUCUCCGGGACAACCAGCUGCAUCAUCCAGAAGUCCUCCCAUAUAGCUGAGGUGAAGACUGUUAAAGUGCCAUUGUUGCAAAAGUUUUAGCUCCGAUUUCCCUAUGCAAAGCAGAAACAUUUCUCUCAGUAAACUUGUAGGAGUCAAAAAAACAUUUAAAGAACUGGUGCUUAAGGAGGAAGGUGGGUUUGUGAAAAAAAAAAUGUUUUGGUCUUUCUGAAACUGUUCAAACGAUAGAUUCCUUUUUUUAAAAAAAAAACAAAAACAUAAAUAUUUUGUAAUGUUAACUUAUUGUUUUGAGUCUUUUUAUUGCUACAAAUAUAUUUUCCAAAGUGCCUUUGUUUUCAGCAGUUUGCUUACUGAUUGUGCGCAAUGGAACAUAUGAUCACAGAGAUUUGUGAAGGAAUGUUUUGUCGAGUGCAGGCUCUUAGUCGGUAUUAUUCAGGAUUUGUCCCUUGUAACAUUAUGUGCCUUAAGAACAGAGUGAGCUCAUUGGCAUUGAUGAACUCAAAUAGCAUGCAUCUGCACAGGAACUGUUCCUAUUUUGACUGGAGUUUCCAUUUGGGCUGUAAACAGAGCUCUGCUUUGGGACUGCUCAGCACGUUUCGAAGCGAAGAGCUUUGUCCAUCUCGUCCGCCUCUUAACCUCGGAUUCCAUCAGCCACUGAAGAAUUUUUCUUUCUUUGAGCCGUGUAUCCACCGAAACGUGCGCAAGUUCUCAGCUGGACCCAAAGCCGCUAAUCGCCCACGUGGCCAGGCCGAUAAAGUCGAGCAAAAGACCGCAGUGACCUAAAAGGGAUGUUUUUACUUUAUGUUAUCAGUCUGCCGUGUGAAGUGUCGUAGCUUCUCCCCCCUGUUUUUUUUUUUUGUUGUUGCGUAAAACAGGAUGGUACGGAGUAAAAAAAAUGAACCCAAAAAGCCAAGCUCUGCUCCCUUUCUGCCUUUUGAUCCGCAGCCUCCCCAGAUGUUCGGCAUUACAUUUAAAUUGCUGUUUACAAGAAGCCUGAGGACAGGCUUAAAAAUGUAACUUUCUCUUCCAUGGCCUCUUUCUGUCCUGCACAGUAUUAUUUCUUUGUCAGCCAAGUGUUUAAAGCAUUUAUUAUGGCUGCCUGUGUGUGUCUUGUGUCGGUUUUGAUUAAAACUGUCUCGUCUAAACUGUGUUGCGUUGAAAUCGUCUCCGUCACCCAGUGGAAAAAUGGAAAAAUCCGCUUCUGUGAAAGUGAUUAUUGCAGUUGCACCUGAUUUUUAGCUUUAAGGAUGUCUUGGAGGUUCUGUUGGUGUGCCUGAAAAUGAACGUUUUGUAUUUACAGUGGUCUGACUGCCGUGAUGAAGGACUUUAAAAGAGAACAAAACUGCACAAUUACUUUUUUUUCCUUAACAUGCAUUGAAUGUGUAACCAGACGUUCACGGCUACAUCGGCAUUUUUAACAAAGAAAAGUCAGAGAAACAAAUCUUUUGGUUAUAUCGGUUUGUGCAUACAUGGAAGUAGUUUGUAAUUAAUCACACCGAACCUCAGGCUCUGUUUGUUUAUGGUCUCGAGACGUUGGCCUCCACCUCCGGCGUGUGUUUUGCAGCCAGCUGAUCCACGGCUCGCGUUUCAGUUGGCAGCCGCUCACGCCUCGCACAACGGCCGCAUGCUGGUGACGGAGGCAGAAAAAGGUCAAGGGGAGUUCAAAGGCAGCAACAGGAACACCAGGUGUAUAAGCAAACGGGCUCCACAGCCAUGAACCCGGUACUGUAACGCUCUCCAGCACAAACUCUGCUCUUAACCACGCUGAGAGAUCUGAAAAUGUGUGUUUUGUGAUGUAUAAAUUAUUGCAUUGAAAAAGCAAUGAAAGUGGUGACCGAAACUUGUCUUUUAUUGUUAAUUUAUAUGAAUGGAUUUUUUCUUUUUUCUUUUUUUUAAAUAAUAUUUUGAUAAAGACUGGAUUUUCCAUCCAACGAUCAGAUUUAUAUCCUCUUGUACUGUUUCAUUUGCCUUCCUGUAAAAUGUGUUUGAUAAAACUGUUGUUACUUGGCGAUGAUGACAAAUAAACAUCUGAGCAACAUGA